AUGGUGCAACCCACCAGUUGGGAAACCGACCGGCCGCGAGGCUUCCGGCUCACCCUUGGAGUAUCUCUGGAUCAGUAUCAGACGGAGGAUGAACUCUACCAGCUGUCCCUGCAGCGGGAGCCUCGCUCGAAGUCCUCGCCAACCAGCCCCACAAGCUGCACCCCACCUCCCCGGCCCCCGGUGCUGGAUGAGUGGACCUCAGCCGCCAAACCCAGGCUGGAUCAAGCACUCCUAGUGGAACACAUCGAGAAGAUGGUGGAGUCUGUGUUCCGGAACUUUGACGUCGAUGGGGACGGCCACAUCUCACAGGAAGAGUUCCAGAUCAUCCGUGGGAACUUCCCUUACCUCAGCGCCUUUGGGGACCUCGACCAGAACCAGGAUGGCUGCAUCAGCAGGGAGGAAAUGGUGUCCUACUUCCUGCGCUCCAGCUCGGUGCUGGGCGGCCGCAUGGGCUUCGUGCACAACUUCCACGAGAGCAACUCCUUGCGCCCGGUUGCCUGCCGCCACUGCAAGGCCCUGAUCCUGGGCAUCUACAAGCAGGGCCUCAAAUGCCGAGCCUGCGGUGUGAACUGCCACAAGCAAUGUAGAGACCGUCUGUCCGUUGAGUGCCGGCGCCGGGCCCAGAGCGUGAGUCUGGAGGGGCCUGCGCCCUCGCCCUCGCCCACACACACCCAUCACCGAGCCUUCAGCUUCUCCCUGCCCCGCCCAGGUAGGCGAGGCUCCCGGCCUCCAGAGAUCAGAGAGGAGGAGGUGCAGGCCGUGGAGGAUGGCGUAUUUGACAUCCACUUGUAAUUGAUGCUGUGACUGGAUCAAACACUCAGGCCUGCCUUGGAGGAAAGACUUGGACCACAGCAGGAAGCCUGGGGUGCUGGGGCGGCAGGCUGGGGC